UAAUGACUUCCUAUGUUCUCUAAACAAAACAUAGCAUUUUCUAUUGGAUAUUUUUUUCAACACUGCUUUUAAGGAGAAAAAAGCCAUGGCUGUUAAAAAUUCCUUCUCUUUCUUUUCAAUGAUGUGUUUGAUUUCAAUCUAUAUUCAUGUUAUUUUAAUCCCUUUUCUGGUGGAAGGGUUUUCUGUUGAAUUGGUCCAUCGCGACCAUAGCAAAUCUCCAAGCCAUGAACCCUCAAAAUCUCAAUAUGAAAGGCUACAUGGUGCAUUUCUUCGUUCAUUUUCAAGGAAAAAUUUUCUCAAGGCGCAAGUUACGGGUUCAACAAAGCAAACCAAGAAUACAAAUGGAAGAUCAAAACGACAAAUCAAGUCAUUCAUAAUCAAUGAGGCUGGAGAGUACCUAAUGGAAGUCUCCGUCGGGACUCUACCGUUCACUUUCAUGGCAAUCGUUGACACCGGCUCUGAUCUAACAUGGACUCAAUGUGAGCCUUGUGCUCAAUGUUACAAGCAAGAAGCCCCGAUUUUUAAUCCUUCAAAAAGUUCAUCUUAUAAAAAGUUACCUUGCAACACAGCCUUAUGUUUUGAGGCUGGUGAAUCGAGUUGUGACCAGACAGAUUCUUGCGCAUAUAAGUACUCCUACGUAGACGGGUCCUUCAUCGUUGGCAAUCUUGCUAAUGAAACAUUCACUUUUGGAACAAAUUCUGGAAAGAACAUUUCUAUUCCGAACAUUGCUUUUGGGUGCGCGCAUCAAAAUGGAGAACCAUUUAACAGAAGCGGUUCGGGACUUUUUGCACUCGGAGGUGGACCACUCUCAAUGGUCAACCAAUUUGGUGGUGUUAUCAAUGGCAUGUUUUCACAUUGUUUAGUUCCAUUCAGACAAAACCAUAAUUUGACAAGUAAAAUCAGUUUCGGAACAUCUUCUAUUGUUUCGGGUAGGAAAAAAAAGUCAACCCCGAUGUACCGGGGACCCUUAGACACGUUCUAUUUCUUAAAUCUUGAAGGAGUUAGUAUUAUUCAACGAGAAAUAAAAAGUGGUGUGGGGUUUACAAAUAAUAUUACAACAAAAACAAAGAGAAUCAACGUGACUAAAAUGAGUUCUAAUGGUGAAACAGUUGCUACAUUUGGUCCUAAAAAGGGUGGUAACAUCAUCAUCGAUUCUGGUGUGACAUUGACGUUUCUUCCUAGACAAUUGGCUACGGAUUUGGAGGCAACUCUACGUGAAUCUAUUACGGGCACCAUCUCACCAGAUCCACAGGGACUUUUUAACCUAUGUUAUAAGACCGGGCAAGGCACGACGUUCCCAGAUAUUGUUGCUCACUUCACUGGCGCUAAUAUCAUAUUGCCUACAUUCAAUACAUUCUUACAAGUUAGUGAUGACUUAAUUUGCUUCACAUUACUUGGUACUGAUGAUCUUCCAAUCUUUGGAAACUUGUCACAGGGGGAUUACCUCAUUGGAUAUAAUCUAGUGAAUGGCACGGUUUCUUUUAAACAAACUGAUUGCUCCAAAGUAAUAUAAUUGAUCCAUCUCAAUAUAUAUAAUUAUUUUUAUUUUAGAUGCAAUCCUGGUACACCAAAUCCAUGUUAUUCUUUCUUUCUUUUUUUGGGUUAAAUUUAUAGAAUCCAUUAGUGAGUUAUAAAACCUACAAGAAGUUUAUUUAUUUGUUUUUUAAUUUUUUGGUUGCGAGGG